AUGGGAUUUAAUAUAAUAAUAGUAAUUAUGCAAUUAUUUAAAUGGCCACAUGUAUUUUAUAUCUAUUUAUUUAUUUUAGUAGCAGGUGUAAUAUUGGACCUAAUUAUUCCUCAAAAUUUAAAGAAUUGGAUUAUUUUAAAUGUUUAUCCAUUUAAAAGAGGUAAUUUAAUAAAUGAAAUUUUUGCAUACCAUGGUAAUACAAUUUGGAAUUGUUUAUUUGCUUCACUUUUAUUUACGAAUAUAUAUAUACGAACCAAGGAAUGGGAUCCGUUAAUUUCUGAUAAUAAUAAUACUAAAGUGAGGUGUAAAUAUUUCCCUAUCUUUAAAUCAUUUACAAUAAAAUUUGUCAUGAAAAAUGUUAUAUUAUAUAUUAUCUUUCUAUUUAUCGAUAGAUUAUUUAUUUUUACAGGUGGAUCAUGUAAAUUGAACUCUGUGAUAAAUCCAAAAAUAAAAAAUUCAGAAGAAUGUAGGUCAUUGAAUGGUAAAUGGGCAGGUGGAUUUGAUAUAAGUGGACAUUUCUGUUUCUUAAUUAAUAUUAGUCUUAUCUUAUGGAUUGAGUUGGACAGAUUGGAUAUUUGGUUAAUUUAUCGUUCAUUAGACUGGAAAAGGAUUUAUACAAAGAAUCGAUUGGUACAAAUAUGUCACUAUAUGGUUUAUUUCGUUUUAUAUAUUUGGAUCUUUCUUUUAUUUACAACUUCAACGUUUUACCAUACAUGGUGGGAAAAAUUUGAUGGAUAUAUACUAGGACAUGUAUGUCCAUUAAUUAUGUACUUUUUGAUACCAACAUCGACCAUGUAA